GAGAAAGGCUGUACCCCAAUCUCCUUGCCGAGCCCCAGGCCCCAGCCCUCUCGCUCCGUGGAUCUUCUUCCUCCUCGCGCGAGCGCCGCCACUCAUCCCGCUGCCGAGCGCCCGAGCCACCUAGCUCGUCUUCCUCCUCGCUCGAGCGCCUCCACCGCAGGCUGAUCUCCCCUUCGAUUCUCUCGCUCCCGACCGUUUCUCCUCCCAUCACCCCACGAACGGAUUCCGCCCUUUAGAUCCCCGUUUCAUAAUCUUCCCCUAUUCGUAACUGAGGCAAAAAUCAAGGUAGGGCUACCUUGCCCUACUGGGUCCUCCGCCCGUGCUGGAGAUGUGCUGAUCAGAGCGGCGGGGGAGAUCCGGUUUCUGUUGCCGUUUCAGUUGGAAUUGGUGGACUGCCAUCUUGGAUUCUGCGGCGGGCGGCGGGAUGGACGACGACGGCAGCUUGGGCAUGAGGAAUUGGGGAUUCUUUGAGCCGCCAACAAGGAACAACCUUGGUCUGCAGCUCAUGUCCUCGAUGCCUGCUGACCGCGACACGAAGCAACUGCUGUCUAGUAGCCCCUUCAUUCACCAGCACCAUCACGUCCACCCGCAUGCUCCGCAGCACACCCAUCACCAUCCACACCCACACCCACACCUACAUCCACGGGAUGGAUGUGGCGGUGUUUCGAGCGGAGCACCCAAUGAUGCUCCUUCAGUGCCCAUGAACUUUGUGCACAAUGAAGCGUGGAUGCACCCAGCCCAUCAUCCUCGCGAGUCCAAGAUUCUCCACGCUAUCACUACAGGGCACGCUGGACAUGUUGUGCAUACUGUGAACCCCGAUCCAACUGGGUAUGGGAUUAUCCCUGGGACAAAUGGUUUGCACACUCUGCAGAUGAUGCAAAAGGCAGAGCCUCAGCCACCUCCACCACCAAAAGAUGAAUGCAUUUCCCCGCCACUUGUCGAGGAAAAUGCAGGGUUUGUAACUGAGCUACCACCUCCGAAGAAGAAGCAGCAGCGCCGGCAACCCAAGUCCCCAAAGCCUAAGAAGGCCAAGAAGGCUGCUGCCCCAUGCGAGGAUGGGGCACCCAAACCGGUUCCACGCAGAAGGGGUCCGAAGAAGCAUGUGGGAAUGGUUAUCAACGGGAUUGAUCUUGACCUCUCGAGGAUACCAACACCUGUAUGCACAUGCACAGGUGCACAACAACAGUGCUACCGAUGGGGUGCAGGUGGUUGGCAGUCUGCUUGUUGCACCACUACCAUCUCAACAUACCCGCUGCCAAUGAGUACAAAGCGCCAUGGUGCAAGGAUUGCAGGCAGAAAGAUGAGCCAUGGUGCAUUCAAGAAAGUGCUUGAGAAGCUUGCCGGUGAAGGGUACAAUCUUAACAACCCUAUUGACUUGAAGACCUUCUGGGCCAAACAUGGCACUAACAAGUUUGUGACGAUAAGGUAAAAAGACCCAAAGACAUGCUAAAAUUGCUGGCUUUGUAGGUUCCUCCUCUGCAGUCUGCUCCGAUUUAUUGUCUGUAUGUACUCUAGAUGACAAACUGCAGAAUCCGCUGAGGUCUAGUUUGUAGCCUAGCCAUAUCCUUUCCCUUGGCAGUAGUUUACAUGCCUCAUCUGAUCUCUCGGUGCUACCUGUAUGGCUAUCUGCAUGUAUCUUUGUCUUUACAAGUAGCCGUGUAAUGCAACAGUCUCCUUUUUAGGUGGCUUUAAAUUUAAUGCAUUGAAUGUUUCUAAUUAUGUU